AUGUUCGCCUCCACCCUCACUUUCCUUGCUGCGGCCCUGGCCUCCACUCUUGUUCUCGCCGACUCACAUGUCCACCCUGUCCGCCGUCACAACGAGCUCUCCCUCCGCGGCGAAGGCGCGCUCGCCAAACGCUUCGACAACACUCGCUUCACGUACUUCGCCGUCGGCCAAAACGCAUGCGGUUCGUACGACCAGAACAGUGACUUCAUCGUCGCGCUUAACACAUACCAAUGGGAUGGUGGUUCAAACUGCUACGCAGCCAUCACUAUUGCUUACAACGGCAAAAGCGCACACGCCAAAAUUACGGACGAGUGUAUGGGUUGCCCCUACGGCGCCAUCGACCUCUCCCCCGGCCUGAUGGAGUUUUUGGUUGGGUCCAACUACGCCUCGGUCGGCGAGGUCACCGUCGCCCAAAACCUCCUCCACAUCCUCGCGGACACCCACGAGCACUCGGACCCCGACAUCGACGUCGACCUCGCACAAGAAAACUUCGACCUCGACUUCAACCUCGACCACGCCUACUCCGACGAGUACCUCGACAACUCCAACGAGCACAUCUACCUCCACUACGCCGACAACGACCGCCGUCUCCUCGUCGAUCUCAUGUACGACGCGUCAGGGCAGUAA